GUGAUUCUAAUAAUUGAUAAUUAUGAUAGUUUUACGCAAAAUUUAGUACAGUAUGUUGGCGAAUUAGGAUUUGAUACUCAUGUGAGUAGAAAUGAUGAAAUUGAUAUUCAUGAUAUUUUGCAAGUAAAUCCUAGUCAUGUCAUUAUAUCACCAGGCCCAGGUGAACCUAGUAGUACUGGAAUUUCUUUAGAAUUAAUUAAGCUUUAUGCUAAUAAAAUUCCAAUACUAGGUGUAUGCUUGGGACAUCAAAGUAUUGCUUAUGUUUAUGGUGGUAAAGUUAUUCAAUUAAGUCAACCCGUUCAUGGAAAAAUUAGUGAAAUUGUUCAUAAUAACACAGAUAUCUUUCAUCAUUUACCCAAUCCUUUUUUAGCUGCUCGCUACCAUAGUUUAGUAAUUGAUAAUAAAUCUUUGCCUAGUGAUAUAGAGGUUACUGCAAGAACACAUGAUGGAAUUAUCAUGGGAUGUCGUCAUAAAAGUUAUCCUCUAUUAAGAGGAAUACAGUUUCAUCCGGAAAGUUUAUGGACUGAUCAUGGAAGGUCAAUAAUAAGAAAUUUUUUAUUAAUGUAA